UCAUACCGACUGUUUCAAAACAGUCGAAGGUUAUCACUGAUUCGAACUUUGAUAACGAUGAAGACAUCAACUUUUUCUCCAUACCUGUUAAAGAACAAAUGAAUUACAAACGUCAUGCUGAACAGCCACAUGAUGGCGAAGAGAAUACGAAUUCGAAGAACGUCACAAAUGAAGCACAUGUUAUUGAAGACGAUUGCGAAACUGGUUCAUUGUCAACACUCCAACGACAUUGGACUCCACGAACAACAGCUUCUAAAAAGAUAAAAAAAACGAGAGAGGAGAUGGUUCAACGGUUUGAGAAAAACCAUUGCAGCAAAGUCAAUGCUUAUGAAGUUGGGGAUAAUGUCUCUGUUCGAGUCCCUAAAAAAGACCGCAGCAACACUCAUGCUUCAUGCAUGCCAUGUGUGGUUAUCAGUGUUUCUGGUGACAAAGAGAGAUAUUUUCAACUGCUUACACAACAUGGCGUAUUGCACAAUAAAUACAGAUCUGGGGAUCUAGAAUUUUUCAGGGGAAAUUUCAACAUGGACCUUAAAAAUUCUGAUAAGUUCGUCAGCUUGAGGGAAGCAAAUCGCCUUCAAAAUGUAACAGAUAAUGUAGUGAGUCGAUGUGGUUGUAAGUCAGGAUGCAAAACAAACAUAUGCAAAUGCAUCAAAGAAAACGUAAGAACUGUAUUGAAGAAGUAACUGGUAAGUCAGAAUAUUUUGCCCCUGUUUAUUUAAUCCUAACUGUAUGUGAAGCAUUACUAACUUUGUUUUAUAGUGAUAAUUGAUUCUGAUGAAGAGGAGAACCCACUGGAGCCGCAAUGGAGGGCGUUUUUAACCCGAUGCCUUGAAAAAGGUAUAUUGAAGAAAUGCAUAGAGAAAUCUCUAGACCCACAUUGUAAUCUGUUGCUUAACCAGAAAUCAUGAGAUGUUUUUAAAGUUGCGGCUAAUUUUGAGGGAUUGAAAAGAACAGAGCCAGAAUUCUAUAUGCAGAUUACAAAAUAUUUAGCAGCAACUACAAACUCAAAAUGGUCAGAUAUAGUACGUGAAUAUGUAUUGCAAGUUUAUGCAGGUGAAUUGCCAUUUGGACGUGCAUAUGCUGACAUGCUGCAAUACAUUGAAGUUAAACUUUUUUCAUUGCUUUGUUAGAAUAUAUUCUGGCUGAUAUUGUGAAUAUAUACAGCACGUUUUAUGUUCGGUUUAGACAUAGAUUUUUUCAAUAUGCUAAGGCUGAAUCUAGCUUGGCUACCCCAGACCUUUGUUUAUAUUCAUAUUAUCCGUUUCUUUUAACAAUAUUAUUAUUAGUAUUUUUUUUUAAUAUAUAUUAGAAAUUUCUUUUAGUGUAAGCAUAAUGUAUAUAUAUACAUAUAUUUUAAAUUUUAUUAAUCUCCUUGUUUAAAAUUUUCUGGAUGAAGAGCUAUGUAUAUUUGUAUAUGGAUAUGCCAGAAUAUAGUCUUUUAAUAAUAAUAAUAAUAAUAAUAAUAAUUAUGUUCUUUAACAUGGUUUUAUCAUUUAUCAAAAAGGUGAAGCAGAGAAAAUUAUCGUACUAUACACUCUUUUUAAAAGAAACCAUUUUAUCAGAACAACAAAGAAUUAACAUAAAAUAACGAGUGUGAAACCCUUUGUUAGUUCAUAUUUUUAUUGUAAAUACUGCUUUAUAUCGAGAAGAAAUGUAUCUUUGACUAAUGUUUCAUGCUAGCUACAUUACCCCAUACCUAAUUUGCGCGAAAAACUUAGCUAUAUUAAACAUCUUCUAGAAGAUUUUUUAUCAGAUUCAAAACCUUCAUUUUUAUCAGAUUACCACGUUCACAGCUUUGAAAUUAGUUCUUUGGAAUAAGAGGUGUUUAAAACGAUAAAAUAAACUUACCCACGUACAUAAAGAUUCGUCAAUGUUUCAUUUACAAAAGUCGGAAGGAAA